AUGGUUGCAAUUCCACAUCAAAGAUCACAUAGCAGUCUUGCCAAUCGUCGAUCAUCUUCAUUCUUCAAUACUCCAGUCCCACCACCCCAACCUGAUGUUUACUACGUUGGUGUUGAUGUUGGUACAGGUUCUGCCAGAGCUUGUCUUAUUGAUACCAAUGGGAUUAUAUUAGGAUUAGCAGAAAGACCUAUCACAAGACACGAAUUAAAACCAAAUCAUAUCACUCAGUCUUCUACUGAAAUUUGGAAUGCCAUUUGUUAUUGUGUCAAUACUUGUGUCCGUGAUUCUGGUGUUGAUCCUCUGGAAAUAUUUGGAAUUGGUUUCGAUGCUACUUGUUCAUUAGUGGUUGUUUCAGAAACUACCGAUGAACCAAUUGGGGUGGGUCCAGAUUUCACUGAUCAUAAAGAAAAUAUCAUCUUAUGGAUGGAUCAUCGUGCUGUGGAUGAAACUAAUACUAUCAAUGCUACCAAUGAUAAAUCUUUGAAAUAUGUCGGAGGUCAAAUGUCAAUUGAAAUGGAAUUACCUAAAAUCAAAUGGUUAAAACAUAAUUUACCAGGUGGGAUUAAUGAUUGUAAAUUCUAUGAUUUAGGUGAUUAUUUAACUCAUAAAGCUACUGGAUCCGAAGCAAGAAGUUUCUGUUCUGCAGUUUGUAAACAAGGUUUCGUUCCACCUGGUGUUGAACCUGAUUUUGAAACCGGUUGGUCUAAAGAACUCUUAUUGUCAGUUGAUUUACCUGAAUUAGUGGAAAAUGAUUUCAAAAGAUUAGGUGGAAGUCCAAAUAAAACUGGUAAAUACUUAAGUGCCGGUGAUAUUGUGGGAAAAUUAACUCCAGAAGCUGCUGAACAAUUAGGUUUAACUACAGAAUGUAUUGUUGGAUCAGCUGUCAUCGAUGCUUAUGCAGGUUGGAUCGGUACUGUUGCUGCUAAAGCUGAUAUCCCCAAUGUAGUUGAAGAUGCUUCAGGAAAUACUAAUAUUGAAACUUCAUGUGGAAGAUUGGCUGCUGUAGCAGGUACUUCCACUUGUCAUAUUGCCAUGACUAAAGAACCAUGUUUCGUUAAAGGAGUAUGGGGUCCAUAUAAAGAUGUUAUGGCUCCAGGUUAUUGGUUAGCUGAAGGUGGACAAUCCAUGACAGGUGCAUUAUUAGCUCAUGUCUUGGCUAUUCAUCCUGCUAGUCAAGAAUUAGCACGUUUGGCUGAUGCAUCUAAUUUAUCCAAAUUUGAUUAUUUAAAUUUAAUCUUGGAAAAUUUAGUUUCAGAAAGAGAAGUUCGUUCAGUAGUAAGUUUAGCUAAACAUAUGUUUUUCUAUGGUGAUUUCCAUGGUAAUAGAUCACCUAUUGCUGAUCCAACCAUGAAAGCUAAUAUCAUUGGUCAAUCUAUGGAUUCAUCAGUUAAUGAUUUAGCUAUACAAUAUUUCGGAGCUUGUGAAUUCAUUGCUCAACAAACAAGACAAAUUAUUGAAGAAAUGGAAAAAUCAGGUCAUAACAUAACUAGUAUCUUUAUGAGUGGAGGUCAAUGUAGAAAUGGAUUAUUAAUGAGAUUAUUAGCUGAUUGUACAGGUAAAUCAGUUAUAAUUCCAAGAUACAUUGAUGCUGCUGUUGUAUUUGGUUCUGCUAUUUUAGGAGCUGUUGCUGCCGAAUCAGCUGUAUCAGAACAUAUUUCAACUAAAGGUAGAUCAAGAAGAUCAUCAAUCUUACAAUCUCAAAGAUCUCAAACUAGUUUAUCUGGAGCACCAUCUAGUGGAUUUAAUUCUGCACCAGCUCAUUCUCCAUAUACUGCUCCAACUGCUACUGCUAGCAGUAGUUCUAAUAUUGUUAAUUUAGGUUAUACAUCAAUUAGUAAUAGUGGUAGUCAUCAUCAUAUUCCUGCCAUGACCCCUAUGGAAGAAGAACAAACUGAUUAUUUCAAUCAACCGGUGGUUGUAACUCCAUCACCCGUGACCAAACCUCAGUCAGCCAUUACUGAUGAUGAAGAUGAUGAUGAUUCAGGAGAUGAAAGUGCUUUGUUGUCAUUUGGAUCAAAACUGCAAGUUCAAGAAGAUUUACAACAAAAAUUCCAUAAAUUAGGUCUUAAGCCUUUAUCAACCAUUAAGAAAGUUAGUAGUAAUACUCCAGUUCCAACUGCUGCACCAGGAGAUAAAUUAUGGAAAGUUAUGGAAAAAAUGACAGGACCAGGAAAAGUUAUAACUCCAAGUGAUAGUAAUGAUCCUGAUCGUAAAUUACUAGCUGCCAAGUAUGAAAUCUUCUUACAACAAUGUUUCCAACAAGAAGAAUAUAGAAAGAUUGUUGAUCAAGUUGAAGCAACAAAUUUGAAAGAUUUAAGUUAA